GUUCACUCUUUCUGAUUUUCCCAUUUAUUGCAGCCACUGAAAUCAUAUCUGUAAACAGUGAACACACAUACUUUUUCAAAGGAGAGUCGAACAAUUCCGUGCAAAACUAACCGUCAGUUACUGCCUUCAAACUCCAUACCCUAAAUUUGGCACCUGACAACCAACGAUUGGCGUUUGAAAAACCCAUCCCAGAUGAGUCAAAACUGGUUUUUCUUGAAAUAGCAAAGGAUAAUCUCAUGCAAAAACUCUCUCCCCUGUAUCUCUUUCUCUCCAAUAUUGGAUGUGAGCACCUCUGAGCUCCAGUUUCCGGCGAGUCACCUAUUCUCAGGUACCCGGAAUUCUGCACAAGGAGGAGCUCCACAUCAACCAACAAUGGCGGAGAAGAAAGAGACAAGGCACAAUGAGAAUGAGCAUGAGAAAGCCCAAAAUGGAAAUGAUCAUGCUGAAGAAAAUGGAAGUGGGAAUAAUGAUCAUGAUGAUCAGACCAAAAAUUUGAACACCCACAUACGCCAAGAAACUGAUCAAGAAGAUGAAAGCGCUUAUGCUGCUGAAAUGAAGAGCAAGAAGAAGAAUGAGUUACUGCAGUUCCGUCUCAAGGUCGAGGACGCGAUUAUUGGGAAUUAUCUUCUUGGCAAACCGGUCAGGAAUCCUUCAGCUACGCAAGCAAACUCGAAGACAAAAGAACAGCCAAGAGAUAUUACCAUUUGGGGUGUGCCUUUAUUGCCAAGUAAAGGUCAUGCAGGGACCGAUGUUGUGCUCUUGAAAUUCUUGAGAGCCAGAGAUUUCAAGGUUCAGGACGCUUUUGAGAUGCUCCGUAAGACGCUUCGAUGGCGGAAGGAAUUCAAGAUUGAUGGAAUACUUGAAGAGAAGUUGGGUUCUGACCUCGAAAAUAUUACUUACUUCAAAAGUAGAGACAGGGAGGGCCACCCUUUGUGUUACGUUAUGUAUGGAGCUCUCCAGGACAAGGAAUUGUGCAAGAAAGCGUUUGGGACGGAAGAGAAGUGCAGGAAGUUUCUGAGGUGGAACAUGAAAAACGUGGAGAAGGGAAUCAAGAAGCUGUCCUUCAGCGAUGGAGGCCGUGCGGACUCCAUUUUGUAUAUCGUAGAUUUAAAGAAUUUUCAAGGACCAGGAAUGGAAGAGGUUCGUUCUGUUAACAAGAAAUUCAUGAUGCUGAUUGCAGACUAUUAUCCUGAGAUCAUUCACAAAUUUAUUGUUAUAAACGUACCAUUUUGGUACUAUGCAUCCCAUUUGCUGCUUUUACGGUCCAUGGGUCGGAGAGACAAGAAAAAUUUCAUCUUUGCAAGUACAGCAAGAGUUCCAAAGACCCUUCUCAAGUUUAUAGCCCCAGAAAAUCUUCCAGUCGAAUAUGGUGGCCUCAAGAGAGAGAACGAUGAGGACUUCACUCCUGCAGAGAAGGCUUCAGAGCUUAUAAUUAGAGGAACUUCAAUUACGCAUAUCGAGUUACCAGUCACUGAGGCCGGGGUGACAAUGGUGUGGGAUGUGACUGUAGUCAGAGGGGAUGUGUCCUACAAGGAGGAAUUCAUUCCAAACGAUGAAGGCUCGUACAAUAUCUUGGUCCAAAAUCGAAAGAAAAUGGGAGAGACUGUUAGAAACUCCUUCUACAUCAGUGAACCUGGCAGAAUAGUGAUAACCAUUGACAAUGACACCUUCAAGAAGAAGAGAGUCUUCUACAGAUCUAAAACCAAACCCACGAAUAUCCCUAGCUAUGUACGACUUCUCGAGUAGGAUCUAGCUAGCUUCCAUGCAUCUAUUAUACAUGUCGACAUUAUAUGUUCUUUCUGCGAAGUGGGUUAAUGUAAAUUAAUAGAGGAAUUAAAAAUGUUACUCGAUCUUGGGUUUAUCUCA